ACAAAGAUUCUAUUUCCGAAAACAUUUACGUUCCUUGUACUUAUCAUAAAAUGCUUAAAAAUAGAAGUAACAAAAUUAUUCAAAAUGUCGAGCAAAGUACAAAUUGUGUAAUACGUUUUCCAAACAAUGCGCUUAAUAAAGAUUAUAUUACUGUUAUUGGAUCAGAAAUUCAAGUUCCUAGAGCUAUUAACAUGAUUAUGAAAAGUAUUAUUGAUGAAUAUAAAUUUCGUAUUGUAUCUAGCAAGGCUUUGGAUAACAUAAUCGAGUCUAAAGAAUACAAGUUUUGGGUUGUAGAAUAUAUUCGCAAGAAAUAUUGCAUUGAGGUUACAUCUUUUCCUAAUAAUGUAAAUACGAAUGUGUAUCCGAAUGUUAAGUAUCAUGUGUUUCGGUUGUCAUUUCCUAAAAGUCAAUUGUCAUAUCUUGAUUUAGCUAUUAAUGUAAUAUUUCGGUAUUUCAUGCAACAUCGCAUUCCAUUGCAUCUGAGUUUUAAAGAAGACGCGAGGCAAGUAUCGCGUUUAAAAGCAUAUGAUUCAUUUUCGCAUUUUAAUUCUAUGCUUUUUCCACCUGUUUCUGCUUCAACAGGUAAGUUUUGGGAAAUUUGAUGUUGAAUUAUAUAUUACUUUUUUGUUUUAGUCUUAAAAUCUAC